AUGGCGGAGGUAAAAUACAAAGACUAUCUCGCAGCAUGCAUCAUUACCGGAAACCAGCCGGUCACUUACAAGCUGCUUUCAAGAGCUCUGCAGGUCAAUGUCAGUGUUGCGAAGUGGAUGCUCUUCGAUUUCCAUCAGAAGCAGAACGCAAAGAAAGCCAACUCGAUCCACGCAACCUACCUCAUCUCCGGCACGAAGCGCUCCCUCGACGACAUCAGUGGCACCAAUAGCCGGGGCGACGAAGUUGUCAGCAUGCGCAGCUCUCCGUUUAUGAGCUCCAUGCCAGAGCAGGAGGGUGCAGCGCCGGAGGAAGAGCCUGUCAAGAAGUCUGCCUUGCUCAUGGUCAGAGAGGAGGAGCUGGCGAAAACUAGGGCUGAGUUCUCCGAGGAAGCCUCCAUCCAUAUCUACAGCUUGGAACCAGGACCACUUGAGAAUUUGAAUGUACUGGCAGCAUGCAACCGCGAGGCUAACGCUGAGUCUGCGGACAACGACCCACUGGAACGAUGGCGACUCUAUGGAUCAAUUCAAAAUCACCACAUCAAGCGAAGGACGGCAAAAUAUGCACCUCCUCUUACCGCCGCUGUCCCCACUAAGCUAGCUGCCAAAUCUACAAACAAACCAUCUGCAAAGCCUCUGGUGGCCAUCCAGCUCAAGAAGGAAGUCUCGGCAUCCUCACGUAGAGGUAGCGCUUCUGAGGAUAACGCGUCUGGACGAUCGACACCUCAGCCUGCUGCGGCUCCGAGCACAUUGAAGAGGUCAGACUCAACCAAAUCUACCGGCAUAAAGAACAAGACUGCUGGUGAUAUCUUCAAGUCGUUCGCAAAGGCCAAGGCAAAGCCGAAGGAUACUGUGAAGUCGAACGGGUCCACUUCUGCGUCUGCGCAAGACCAACCCAUGCAAGGCAUGUCUGAGGACGAAGGCGAUGACGAUGAGCCUGAAGUACAGGUCGACACCGAAAAGGUUGAGGCUGCGAAGAAAGCUCGUGAUGAGCGCGCUGAAAAGCUACGGAAGAUGAUGGAAGUCGAUGACGAAGAUAUGCCUGACGCCCCCGUUACAAGGGAGAUACCAACAGAAGCUUCACAAUCCGAGAAGGCGGAGACGCCCAAAGAAGAGGAGCCAGAGCCUAGCGUCACCAUACAGAACGGCCGAAGGAGAGGCAAGAGACGAGUGAUGAAGAAGAAGACGGUCAAGGACGAAGAGGGCUACCUAGCAGUGACCAAAGAAGAGGCGGCAUGGGAAUCGUUCUCAGAAGACGAGCCUGAGCCCAAGCGAGCCAAACCUGCCCCCAAGCCAGCAGCAGCCAAGGGUAAGCCUGCUACAAAGAAGGGUCAAGGAAGCAUCGCAAGCUUCUUCAAGAAAGCAUAA